AUGGGGCAGGGCGCUUCGCGCCGUGAUGGGCGGCAGAACGAGGCGGCGCGCGGCGGCAGCCAUGGCGGCAUCCUCACGGGCUGCGACGUGCUGCGCGCCGAGUCGUUCGAGAGGCUGCGUGGGAGCAAGGUCGGGCUGAUAGCCAAUGCCACCUGCACACCCCCAACCGCCCUUCCACCUCUCAAACUUGCAUCCCGUGCCCCAUCACUUGCAUCCGGUGCCCCAUCACUUGCAUCCGGUGCCCCAUCACUUGCAUCCGGUGCCCCAUCACUUGCAUCCGGUGCCCCAUCACUUGCAUCCGGUGCCCCAUCACUUGCAUCCGGUGCCCCAUCACUUGCAUCCCGUGCCCCAUCACUUGCAUCCGGUGCCCCAUCACUUGCAUCCCGUGCCCCAUCACUUGCAUCCGGUGCCCCAUCACACAGGCAGAUGCCAUUCAUGGCAGAUGCCAUUCAUGGUUUCACGGCUGUGCACUCCCAAGCUCCCUUCCACCUGGUGGCCAUCUUUGGCCCUGAGCACGGGUUCAGAGGCACAGCGCAGAGGCACAGCGCAGGUGAGGCACUUGCUGCUGCUACCUUGGUGGAAAGUACUUGUGCACUCUCCUUCUUGCUGCACCACCCCCACCCCCAACCUCCCUUCCACCUGGUGGCCAUGUUUGGCCCGAGCACGGAUUCAGAGGCACAGCGCAGAGGCACAGCGCAGGUGAGGCACUUGCAAGGCAGGUGGUGUGUGUGUGUGUGGGCACGGGCUGUCGUUCCUUGCACGUCGCUAGAGGGGUGCUCAGCAGCAGCUUCUCAACCCCAACCUCCCUUCCACCUGCUGCCCAUGUUUGGCCCCGAGCACGGGUCCCGAUGCACGGUGCAGGCAGGCAAGUCAGAAUCCGCCUCUAAAGACCCCAAGACCGGUCUCCCCAUAUUCGAUCUCUACGGCAAGGUGAGGAGGAGGGGAGGCAGGAUUGCAUGUGAGGAGCAGGGGAGGCAGGGGGGAGGCAAGGAGAAGGGAGAUGGAGGGUGGGGCCUCGGAGGUGAGGCGCAGGGGAGGCAGAGCAGAGGGUAUUGGCAGGUGGGGCUUAAGGGUGGGGGGCAGGUGAGGCUGAGGAGAGGGGCAGGUGGAGAGCAGGUGAGGGAGAGGAGAGGGGCAGGUGGAGAGCAGGUGAGGGAGAGGAGAGGGGCAGGUGGAGAGCAGGUGAGGGAGAGGAGAGGGGCAGGUGGAGAGCAGGUGAGGGAGAGGAGAGGGGCAGGUGGAGAGCAGGUGAGGGAGAGGAGAGGGGCAAGUGGAGAGCAGGUGAGGGAGAGGAGAGGGGCAGGUGGGGAGCAGGUGAGGGAGAGGAGAGGGGCAGGUGGAGAGCAGGUGAGGGAGAGGAGAGGGGCAGGUGGAGAGCAGGUGAGGGAGAGGAGAGGGGCAGGUGGAGAGCAGGUGAGGGAGAGGAGAGGGGCAGGUGGAGAGCAGGUGAGGGAGAGGAGAGGGGCAGGUGGAGAGCAGGUGAGGGAGAGGAGAGGGGCAGGUGGAGAGCAGGUGAGGGAGAGGAGAGGGGCAGGUGGAGAGCAGGUGAGGGAGAGGAGAGGGGCAGGUGGGGAGCAGGUGAGGGAGAGGAGAGGGGCAGGUGGGGAGCAGGUGAGGGAGAGGAGAGGGGCAGGUGGGGAGCAGGAUUCCCAAUCCAUAGCCAAGUGUUUUGAAGCCUCUGGCGCUGAUACCAUUGUGUUUGACAUUCAAGAUGUUGGGGCUCGUUUCUACACCUUCAUCUGGACGCUCUACGACUGCCUCGUGGCAGCUGCCCUCUGCCCGUCCAUUCGCCGCUUCCUCGUACUCGAUAGACCCAACCCACUGGGAGGGGUGGUGGUGGACGGACCAAUAACAGAGCCUCAACACGCUUCAUUUGUUGGCAGGAAGUGCGAGAACUCAGCUCACACCCGCGGUGCCCCCUUCCCCUUCUUCCCCGCCACCUUCCCCCUCUUUCCCACCCUCCCGGGCUUCUUUUUGCUCACCUCCCGCCACCUUCCAUCUUCUCCAUGCAACACUCACCUCCCGCCACCUUCCAUCUUCUCCAUGCAACACUCACCUCCCGCCACCUUCCAUCUUCUCCAUGCAACACUCACCUCCCGCCACCUUCCAUCUUCUCCAUGCAACACUCACCUCCCGCCACCUUCCAUCUUCUCCAUGCAACACUCACCUCCCGCCACCUUCCAUCUUCUCCAUGCAACACUCACCUCCCGCCACCUUCCAUCUUCUCCAUGCAACACUCACCUCCCGCCACCUUCCAUCUUCUCCAUGCAACACUCACCUGUCGGCCCAUGGGCCAUCCCUCUGCGCCACGGCAUGACAGUGGACGAGCUCGCACUCCUCUUCUUCUCCGAGUUCCUCCCACCCUGA